AUGAUUUCUUAUGGGAAUCUUUGUUUUGAAUAUACAUUUGCUUUACCAUUAUUUCAUUCAAUACCAUCAUCAACAGAUAAUACAACAAUGAUCUUAAAAAUUAUUGGUCUUGAUUUUAAUCCUUCAAAAGAAUAUUUAUCUCAUUUACCUGAAAUAAUCUAUUUAAUUAUUCUUAUUAUUGAAUUUAUCAUACGUUUUAUAUAUGUCUCAAAUAAAUUAAAAUAUUUUUCUAAUUAUUUAACAAUAAUUGAUUUAUUAUCUAUAUUAAGUUGUAUUAUUUAUUUAUGUUCAAUAAUUAAAAUAAAAGAAAAUAAUCUAAUUAUUUGUUUUAUAAAUUGUUUUCGUCUUAUACGUAUAUUAAAAUUAAGUCGUUAUUCAAUGUAUAUUCGUCAAUAUAUUCAAACAAUAUUUUAUUAUUCUGAUAUAUCAAUGCUUCUUUUUAUUAUAUUUAUGUGUCUUUGUAUAUUUUUUGGUAAUUUAACUUAUGGAAUAUCUUUAAUUGAUCAUCAUCAAAUACAUUCAACUCCACUUGAUUCUCUUUAUUAUUCCUAUGAAACAAUAUUAACUAUUGGUUUUGGUCAACAUAUACCUUCAACACCAUAUUUAACAUGGAUUACAAUAACAUCUAUUUUAUUUGGAAUGAUGUGUCUUUCAUUACCGGUACCUUUUUUAGCAAUCUAUAAUUUUAAUUUAGAUAAUUAUGAACAAGAUAAUACUAAGAUGUUAAAUUAG